AUGGUUCGAAAAUUACGGUGUGUUUGGCCGUUUUCGCGCCGUCCCCCGCGCCCUGGGAUCGGCCGGGGCCGCUCGCCGGGGAACCAGGCGAACCCCUUUGCCUCCGCCCGUGGGAGCGUGCACAUCGGAUACGGCUCGAUCUUGUCUGCGGCGGGCCUCGACGCAGAUGACUCGGACUCGGAUUCGGACUUUGAGGAUGAGCUGGCCGCGAUAGAAGGGAUAGGUCCUGUUCGACGGAUAUGGCGGAGGAAUAUGAGGAAGGUCUCUGACCUCUGGGUCGAGCCGAAGCAGGCGGCUGUGAAAAGAGUCGCUAUUGCGUGGUGUUCCAUGCCCUUCCCCAAGUAUGCAUUAAAUGAUGAGCAUGGGCGGCCGACCGAUCCAGGAAGCAAGAUCCCCGGUGGCCGCAAUCCUUGGGGUUUCCUCACCGUUUGUCUCAUUGCAAUAGUCUCGAUAGCUGUUCCGGUACCCAUCUAUCUUCGCGAGGAGACUCGGUUCCUCACAAUCCAUAACACAGCAUGGAUUUCUUGGACAUUCAUCAUCAUGGCAAUGCCGGUAGCGAUUGCCUGUAUCAUUCUCUUGAUCAACGAGCGUCAUCUCAGCCUACGAUACACCCUCUCUGAAACCCAGCGCCUCUUCACUACCUCGUGGUGGACCGGCGAGGAUGAUACAGUGUCGAGGAGAGAUCGGCGGAGGCCUGUCCUGCAACCAGAUUCGUUCGAUCCAGACUCAUUCCAGGUUACCGAGCAGCCCGCUCCGCGGCGCAGGGGCGUACCCACCAUCGAUCGGCGGUGGCUGCCCGCUAGCUUUGUCCGCUUCAUCUGGUUUUGCCUCGCCCUCUUCGUCGGCCUCAUGGCAUAUGUAAUCGGAGAAGCUUAUGCCGAGAUCUAUCUCCGAACCCUGCCGCACGACAACUUCGAAACGGUUGUCUAUGUCUAUAGCUGGGUAGCGACGAUCCACAUCCUUGAUGGUCUAACCGCCUGGAUUCUGGGUGUACGUGAGGGUGAGCGGGUUGGGAGUUACCCCUUGAGUUGGGCGUUUAAACUCUACUUUAUGUUGACGUACCAGACAUACGUUCGAGCCUUGUAUGCGCGUCUACGCUCCCCUGCCCAGUUCAUCACCCUUCAAGCCCUAUCCAGCGCCGGCCUCAUCAUCUUUUACCCCACACUCAUGUCGCCCAUCUUCCACCGCAUCCUUACCAUUUUAGGCAUCAGCACCCUGUCCUACCCUUCCUACCAGAAGCUGUGUGUCCGUAACGUCUUUAUCCGUUUCAUUGCCGAAAAUGUCUCCAUGGCCGCAUUUCUCGGCUCCGUCCUUAUUCUCCACUUUGGGGCGAACAAGGACGUCUACCCCUACUUCGCCUUUGAUGACCCCACGGAACCCUACGAUUUCGAUCUCACCUUUUAUGCCUCGUCGGUGACGUGGGCUUGCGAGCUUGCUGCCGCCUUCUGCGUCCGGAUUGUGAUACGUUGGUUUUUCAAGCUCGAUGUCGACAUGGAGGGCAAGCUUGACCUAGCUGUGUGGCCGGAGCUGCUGCCGACUAGCGCAGCCGUGAUCCUACACGUUCUACAGAAUAUGCUCUUUUCCAUCAUUCGUCUGCAAUUCCGCUGA